GCCUUUAGUGCUUGUUUUUAACUGUUAGAUACUUCUGGAACAAGCUGCAAACCAAAGGACAAUGUCUUCAGUUGCAACUUACUACAAUGAGAAGUCAGUACUUGUUACAGGAGCUACAGGUUUCAUGGGCAAAGUACUUGUGGAAAAACUUCUGCGCUCCAGCCCAGAUGUGAAAGCAAUUUAUAUUCUGGUGCGGCCUAAAGCUGGACAGCUGUUGCAAAACAGAGUGGAGCAUAUGGUGAAAUGCAAGUUGUUUGACAGAGUUCGUGAAGAGUGCCCCAGUUUUCAUGAGAAGAUUAAACCAAUAAGUGCUGAACUCACCCACCCAAACUUGGCCAUCAGUCCAGAAGAUACAGCAGAGCUCCUGUCUGAAGUCAAUAUUGUCUUCCAUUGUGCUGCAACUGUUCGCUUUGACGAACCACUGAAGCAUGCCCUUUUGCUAAAUGUCAGGGGCACACAACAACUCCUGGCGCUGGCUCGCCAGAUGAAGAACCUUGAGACUUUCAUCCAUGUUUCAACUGCCUAUGCGAACUGUAAUCGGAGAUAUAUUGAAGAAAUCAUCUAUCCUCCUCCCAUGGAGCCGAAGAAACUUUUAGAUCUUGUGGAAUGGAUGGAUGAGUUCCUCAUUGAAGAGAUCACACCCAAGCUGAUUGGAGACUGGCCCAAUACCUACACAUUCACUAAAGCCUUGGCAGAAUAUCUGCUUCAGCAAGAGAAAGGGAACGUAAAUGUUGCCAUCGUCCGGCCAUCCAUUGUGGGAGCCAGCUGGCAUGAGCCUUUCCCCGGUUGGAUUGACAAUUUCAAUGGAACAAGUGGCUUCUUUAUUGCGGCUGGAAAAGGAAUUAUACGGACUGUAAAAUGCAACGUGGAGGCAGUAGCAGAUAUUGUUCCUGUAGAUGUUGCUAUCAAUUUAAUUCUGGCUACUGGAUGGCACACUGCAGUUCACAGACCAAAAUCAAUGCCGAUAUAUAAUUGUACCACAGGUGGUAUGAAUCCAUUUUGCUGGGGAGAGAUGGAACAUCAUGUCAUAUCUACAUACAAGAGAAAUCCACUGGAGAAAGCCUUUAGAAUACCUAAUGCUAACAUGACCUCAAACUAUUUGAUGCAUCAGUAUUGGACAGCAGUCAGUCACAAAGCUCCCGCCUUUCUCUAUGAUUUGUAUCUGAGACUAACUGGAAGAAAGCCAAGAAUGAUGAAGCUAUUCAGUCGUCUGCACAAGUCUAUGACAUUCUUUGAAUAUUUUACCAGCCGAACCUGGGAAUGGAGUUCAGACAAUAUGAAUAUGUUAAUGAACCAGCUCAGUCCAAAGGACAAAAAGUUAUUCUGCUUCGAUGUCCGUCAGCUGCAUUGGUCGGAAUACAUAGAAAAUUACUGCUUAGGAACGAAGAAAUACCUUUUGAAUGAAGAUAUGGCUGGAAUUCCUGCAGCAAAACAGCACUUGAGAAAGCUCAGGAAUAUUCAGUAUGCACUUAAUACCAUCUUCCUUGUGAUCAUCUGGCGCAUUUUUAUUGCAAGGUCACAAAUGGCUCAGAACAUAUGGUACUUUGUUGUGAACCUCUGCUACAAGUUCCUUAGCUACUUCAGAGCUUCCAGCACCCUCAGGCAUUGAAAUACCGCUCCAGUUAUUGAGCACCAUCAUCUCAUGAAAGGCCUCCAGCUGUUCAAACAACUAUUUUGGAGUUUUUAAAAUAUCAGGGUAUCUCUCAACUGCCAAAUUAUUUGACUAGCACUCAGUGUACAUCAUUACAGAACCUCUGACUUCUUUUAAAAAAAUAACAUCACUUUAAUAAAGUUCUUUCUUACUGCUUUGUUCCCUCCAGUCUAAGCCAUAUAAAAUCCAUUUGGACUUUUGGGAACAUUUCCUUCUUCACAACACAGGUUUGUGGCUUACUCCAAGCUGUCUUCAGUGUACAGAGCUACUUAAUAUCAUACACGCGUACACCAAAAUCCAUAUAUUUUAAAGUUCUGUCAUAGACAAUGGUGUAGUAACAUGGUGCCCCUUAUAUAAAAAUGGCCAAAAUAAAGGUUUGCUUUUUGUUUGUUUGGAAA